ACAACGACAACACUGCAGGUCCGGGCACGAAAUAACAAAGCGUGUCCGAAUCUAGCGUUUUGAAAAAUGUCAAAAUGAGCAGGGUUUAGCGUUUAGAGGGAAAGGAGAAACGAGGGGUUUAUCUUCUCUGCUCCCGUUAAGUACGCACUGCAGAGGAGCAUCAAUGGCGCUUCUGAGCCCUCCUCCAAAGCUUCUGUCAUUUCGUUUCAUGGCCUCUCGCAUCCUCAACUACGCUCCUUUACGCUCUCAUUCUUCUUCUCUCUCCUCGUCUGCAUGUUUAUCUCGCUCCGCUUUUUUACUCAAAACCAGGACGAGUCUUCAACUGAGAAAGGUUUCAAGUCGGUUUUUAAUUCAAAAUGUGCAAUUGCCAAGGGCUUUUAAGUCAUCAAGCAUUGCCACCGAAGCAUUUGAGGGAAGUACGGGCUCAAAAGCUUAUGGGUCUGAUCAGAUUCAGGUAUUGGAAGGCCUAGAUCCUGUGAGGAAAAGACCAGGAAUGUAUAUUGGCAGCACUGGUCUUCGUGGUUUGCACCAUCUGGUUUAUGAAAUAUUGGAUAAUGCUAUUGAUGAGGCUCAAGCAGGAUUUGCUUCAAAGAUUGAUGUCGUUUUACUUGCGGACAAUUCUGUGAGCAUCACAGACAAUGGCCGUGGGAUUCCUACUGGCUUGCAUUCAGCGACAAAGAAAUCUGCCUUGGAGACUGUGCUGACGGUUUUACAUGCAGGUGGCAAGUUCGGUGGUUCAAGUAGUGGUUAUAGUGUGUCUGGUGGAUUGCAUGGUGUGGGUUUAUCUGUUGUUAAUGCCUUGUCUGAGACAUUAGAAGUUACUGUUUGGCGUGAUGGAAAGGAAUAUCAGCAGAAAUAUUCCCGUGGGAAGCCACUGACUGCUCUAAAACGCCGUGUGCUUCCUAUUGAAUCAAAUGAUCGUUGUGGAACUCGCAUCAGGUUUUGGCCUGACAAGGAAGUAUUCACUACUGCAAUUCAGUUUGACUACAACACAAUAUCUGGACGAGUUAGAGAGCUUGCUUUUCUAAACCCUGAGGUUCGUAUUACUCUUAGAAAGGAGGACAUUGAACCGGAGAAGAACCAGUAUAAUGAAUACUGUUAUGCUGGUGGACUGAUUGAGUACGUGAAGUGGCUGAAUACCGAUAAAAAACCACUUCAUGACAUUGUGGGUUUCAGGAAAGAAACAGAUGGAAUCACCAUUGAUGUGGCUUUUCAAUGGUGUUCAGAUGCAUAUUCAGAUAUGAUGUUGGGAUAUGCUAACAGCAUACGCACAAUUGAUGGCGGUACUCAUAUUGAUGGUGUGAAAGCCUCGUUAACAAGAACUCUUAAUAACCUUGGGAAGAAGUCAAAGAUUAUCAAGGAGAAGGAUAUUACUUUAAGUGGUGAACAUGUAAGAGAGGGGUUAACAUGCAUUAUUUCUGUCAAAGUUCCAAAUCCAGAGUUUGAAGGGCAAACAAAGACAAGGUUGGGAAAUCCAGAGGUUCGAAGAGUAGUUGAUCAAUCUGUCCAAGAGUAUCUUACUGAAUACUUGGAAUUACAUCCAGAUGUACUUGAUUCAAUACUUUCCAAGUCUUUGAAUGCUCUCAAGGCAGCUCUGGCUGCGAAGAGAGCAAGGGAACUGGUGAGACAAAAGAGUGUGUUGAGAUCAUCAUCUCUUCCAGGAAAGCUAGCUGAUUGCUCGGCCACAAAUCCUGAAGAAUCAGAAAUAUUUAUAGUUGAAGGAGAUUCAGCUGGUGGAAGUGCAAAACAAGGCCGUGAUAGGCGCUUUCAGGCCGUUCUUCCUUUGAGGGGAAAGAUUUUAAAUGUUGAAAGGAAGGACGAGGCAGCCAUGUACAAGAAUGAGGAAAUUCAAAAUCUUAUUCUUGCUUUGGGACUAGGAGUAAAGGGAGAGGAUUUUAAGAAGGAGGCUCUUCGUUAUCAUAAGAUCAUCAUCUUGACUGACGCUGAUGUUGAUGGUGCUCACAUCCGAACUCUGCUGUUGACAUUUUUCUUUAGAUAUCAGAGAGCUCUAUUUGAUGAAGGUUGCAUUUAUGUUGGUGUUCCACCUCUCUACAAGGUUGAGAGGGGCAAGCAAGCAUACUAUUGUCAUAAUGAGGUUGAACUUAAGCAGUUACGGAGUUCCUUCCCUCCGAAUGCAUCAUUCAACAUUCAGAGGUUUAAAGGCUUGGGAGAGAUGAUGCCUUUACAAUUAUGGGAAACAACAUUGGAUCCAGAGCGCAGGAUGCUAAAACAGUUGGUGGUUGAGGAUGUAGCAGAGGCUAAUGUUGUGUUUUCCUCCCUUAUGGGUGCCCGGGUUGAUGGCCGGAAGGAACUAAUACGGAACUCUGCAAGCACAAUCAACCUCGAUCAAUUGGAUAUAUGAAGGACUCGAUGCAGGAAUGGAUAAUUUUUUACCUUGUGGAGGCUUGUUUAUAUAGUGUUCCUUGGUAAAGCACAAGCUUCUUGGAUACAUCCACCUAUUGCUGUGAUUUCAAAUGCUCCAUAUCAUUUAUUGAGGCAACGACUCUUCUUUCUGGUUGGCCCAACUGCCUUCAGAUUCUAAAGGUGAAUAUUAUGUUUCAUUUUUGAUUCUGUGAAUCUGUACUUGCAUAUCCUUCAGCUUGUUGCCAUACACGAAUGCAUGUAUUUUGGAUCUUGGAUUUGGAUUUAGACAAAUUUGAACAAAUCUUAAUGCAAUUUUGUAUUACUCAUCCAAAUCCAAAGGUUAUCCAAACAUAGAAGGUAUUUAAGAGCAUUGUAAAUUAGUCUAGUUGUAUAAUGUUGGGGAACAUGAUCUUGCCCUAAGGGAAAUUACCUGAGAAUUUGAGUGCAGGAUUAUUUGACUUGUUAAGUUUCAAAAAAUCUGUUUUUACCUA